AUGAUCUUUAACGAUUCAUUAUAUUCAAUACCAUUCAGAGAGAAUAUGAUGAUUCAAAUGGAUUUGACUAAUAGAACGUUUACUGAAAACAAAAUCGACGUCGAUUAUGAAAUUAGACCAAUCUCUGCAUGUAAUGAUAACAAUGGAAAUAUCUUUAUUUACGAUAUUGAAAACAAACGAUUCAUCAAAUACGAUGUUGAAACCAAACAAUCAAUCUUAUUUCUCAUUGUAUCAUCAAUCUCAAGUUAUAUCUAUUCUUUGAUUGGUGUAGAUUCAGGUAAUUUCAAAUAUUCAAUCGAAGACAAUCAAUGGGAAACAUUCUUUAGAGAUGACAAAUUAGAAAGAGAAUAUUGUGGAUGUGCAGUAAGAUUUAAAGUAGAGGAAACAGGUGAAAAUGAUAAAACUUUUUUUGAUAGAAUAGUAUCUUCAUUUGCUCAAAUCUUACCUACAUUUUCUCCAGUUUCCUCUACUUUAAAUCUUACUGCACCUUUUGAUCAAAGUAGUUUGUGGACUCCUUGGUACAGAAUUAAUAUAUCCCUUGUUCGUACAAUCAUCAAACAACAGUAG